CACACAGUUAGCCCUAGCGCGAGCGCGAGAGACACACCCUCUCAAAUUCAAGCUCGGACCAAAUCCUCUCCGCUCACAGUCUCAGUCAGCUCUUCCUUCGUCUGCGUCUGCGUCUCUGCAACUGCAAUUCUUCUUCGUCCUCCUACUUCUCCUUCUUGCUGUUUCUUCUGCCCGUAGCUCCACUGGAGAUAUCGCCAGAACUGAGGUUUACCCGUGAGGUUAUUUGUGCUACAUUGUCUGGUUAGAAGAAAGGUCUGAUGGAUUUUGACGAGUAUGAUUAUUUAGAGAAAACAGUUGAAAAUCCUGAACCACCGAAAUCAAAGGAAACUGCAAAUGGUGGUGAGGAAACAUUGAAAUCUGGAGAGAAAGGUCGCAGCCGAAGUUCAAAGCACAAAGGUGACGAGAAAGGUCAUGAUGAGGAACGUCACUCAAAGCGCUCAAAAUCUGGAGACGAGUCACGUGAACGUGAUAAUGAUCGACACAGACAGAGGGGAUCUUCUCGUCACCGCUCACAGUCAAGAGAGAGAGAAAAGGAUCGCCACAGAAGUAGCCGGGAUCAUAGAGGUAGGGAAGACAGAGAAAGGGAGGAAAGAAAUGGUAAGGAGAGAGAUAGGGAAAGAAACAAAGAGCGGGAUCCUAGUCGUGAUAGAGACAGGAGAGAACGUGACCGCGAGGGUGACAGGGACCGGGAGAAGGAUAAAGAGCGGUCACGUCGAAGCAGGAGCCAUUCAGAAAGGCAUCGAAGUGAUCGGGAUGAAAGAGAAAGGAGCCGGGAGGUGGAGCAUAAAGAAAGAGACAAGGAGAAGGAUUUGAAGGAGCGGGAAAAAGAAAAUAGGAUCCGAGGAUGCUUUAUGUUUGAUCUUUACAUGUUCUUCCUGGACGUAUUUUCCAGAGACAUUAAUGUUUUGUCAAUAAAAAUACAAUUGUUUGUCAAUUUCUCAUUUUUGUGUUGCAGAAGACAUAAAGACAAAAAGGAAGAAGGGACAGAACCAGAGGCUGAUCCUGAAAGAGAUCAGAGGACAGUAUUUGCAUAUCAGAUUUGUCUGAAGGCAGAUGAAAGAGAUGUAUAUGAGUUCUUCUCAAGGGCCGGAAAGGUCCGCGAUGUACGUCUUAUUAUGGACCGCAAUUCAAGACGUUCGAAGGGAGUUGGGUAUAUUGAGUUUUAUGAUGCGAUGUCGGUACCUAUGGCGAUCGCACUCUCUGGUCAGCCUCUUCUUGGUCAACCAGUGAUGGUGAAGCCAUCAGAGGCCGAGAAGAAUCUAGUUCAGUCAACGACAUCUGUUGUCACUGGACCAGGUGGGAUGAUAGGCCCAUAUUCUGGUGGAGCUAGAAGGCUGUAUGUUGGAAAUCUCCAUAGCAAUAUAAAAGAAGAUGAUCUCCGCCAGGUUUUUGGAGCAUUUGGUCCUGUAGAACUGGUUCAGUUGCCUCUUGAUGAAACUAAUAACUGCAAAGGUUUUGGAUUUGUGCAGUUUGCACGUCUUGAAGAUGCUAGAAAUUCUCUGAGUUUGAAUGGACAAUUGGAGAUUGCAGGUCGAGUAAUUAAGGUGUCAGCUGUUACAGACCAAGCUGGAAUGCAAGAUCUUGGAGCAAAUGCUGGUGAUUUUGACGAUGAUGAAGGCGGUGGCUUGGCAUUGAAUGCGCGCUCUCGAGCCAUGCUUAUGCAGAAAUUGGACCGUAGUGGAACUGCACCAAGUAUUGCUGGUCCCUUAGGCACACCCGCUGUCAAUAGCGCAGGCGUUUCCUUACCGAUGGCACCAAUCCUGGGAGCUGCACCGGUGGUUUCUUCUCUUGUUCCUCCCAUUGCCUCUAUUCCUGGUUUUGCCGGACUUGGUGUUGCAGGGCUUCAAAUUCCGACAGCUACUCUUCCUUCUGUAGAUACAAUUGGUGUUCCAAGCGAAUGUUUACUGUUGAAAAAUAUGUUUGAUCCCACAGCUGAGUCGGAACCAAACUUUGACUUGGACAUUAAAGAUGAUGUUCAGGAGGAGUGUUCAAAAUACGGGACUUUGAAGCAUAUAUAUGUGGACAAGAAUACUGCUGGACAUGUGUACUUGCGAUUUGAAAAUACACAAGCUGCUAUUAGUGCUCGGCAUGUUCUCCAUGGAAGGUGGUUUGCUGGAAAGAUGAUCGAGGCAACGUUCAUGUUGCCCCAGACCUACGAGGUUAAAUUCCCGGAAAGCAGAUAGGAUAAGGUAGCAGAUGUAGAAAAAGUAGCUGGUGUAUGUAUGCCUUGGUGGUAGCCUUUAAAUUUUGGUCCAAUUUUCGUGCGAGCGUUUGAAUGAAUUGUUAUCGCCAGGGCUGUCUGAAAGAAGAAGGGAUGUCAUUAGGUGACUUGGAAAUUUUUACAGCCAGUGUCAAUUUACAGAAUACGGGUUUGUAGAACGAUUGACGUUCUCAUUUGUUGAAUUUUCCAGUUUGCGUUUUUGUUUUGGUCUUAGUUAAUGGAUGGGGUGCUGUAACUAGACUUGUUCAGUAAGUUGCCUCAUGGCUAAAGUCCUGUAUUUGCUAGUAAAGAAGGAUUUCAAAUA